AUGCUUCUUACUUUCAUCACGACUCUUACUCUAGCCGUAACAGGCCUUGCUCAGAUCGCUGUACCGGAAGGUUAUCGUCGUGUAUACAUCACUUCAAAGCAAGACAUCAAAUAUGUCGUUGUCCCCAAGACACGCACGAACGGCACCACUCUCGUAGUGCAAAGCCUCACGUCUAAGCCAGAGCAAACGUGGUACAUCAAAAGUAACCAGACGAAAAUUCAGCUCGCAGAUACAACGCUCUGUAUGGAUGCAGGACCCCAGAGCGCGUGGAAGGACAUGGCAAAUAUCUACUUGAGACCGUGCGCAGACACUGAAGUCGCGCAGAAAUGGACUGCAAUGCCCGAUGGUAGGAUUGCGCUCGAGGCUUCGUCGGGUACAAAACAAUGCGUUGAUCUACAAUAUUUGCGAGCCGUGCAGAACAACCCGGUAGGCUUAUACAACUGCGCUGGACUCGGUAAUACAGGGGCGGCAGACAAGGGUAUCAACUGGCCACUCGUAAAUGCUACGACAGCUUUGCAAUUCACUGCAUAG